UUUUGCAAAGCUUUUGCCACUCUCUCUCUCUCUGUAACUUGCUUGUCUCUACUGUUUCUCUCUGUGACUCAAAAUUCCCUUUCAUUCCCUUCCUUCAUCGUUUUCUUGCCGUAGAAGUCUGUCGCCGGGGUGAAUUGGGUCAUCCCCAUGUGCACACUUUGACUUGGUUGCGAUCUGAUACAGCGCCGCGCCCAACUUCUUUUGGGAUGGGGCAGUGCUACGGCAAGACCGACCCAAAGGCCGAGCAUGACGUUACUACUACUACUACUACUAUUGCCACCUCCUACAAUGAUCAGUCUCAUCAGACGCCUUUACCCUCUGCAAGUGGGACUAACGGUGCCGUCAACGUGCAGGCGUUAAAGACCAUGCCGGCUCGGUCCUCCAAUCCGAGCCCCUGGCCGAGCCCUUACCCUCACGGAGUUUCCGCGAGUCCUCUAUCCGGUGGCGUGUCGCCGUCUCCAGGGAGAGGGUCGGCGACUCCAAAGAAGUUCUUCCGGAGGCCUUUCCCGCCGCCUUCGCCCGCUAAGCACAUAAAGGCGUCGCUGGCGAAGCGGUUCGGCCACGCCUCCAAGCCCAAGGAGGACCCGAUCCCUGAGGAGCACGGAGUCGAGCCGGAACAAGCUCUGGACAAGAGCUUCGGCUACAGCAAGAACUUCGGAGCCAAGUACGAGCUUGGAAAAGAGAUAGGGCGAGGUCAUUUUGGUCAUACUUGCUCUGCUAGAGGCAAAAGGGGGGAGCUUAAAGAUCAGCCUGUUGCCGUGAAAAUCAUAUCGAAAGCAAAGAUGACGACUGCAAUAUCAAUUGAAGAUGUUCGUAGAGAAGUGAAGAUAUUAAAAGGUUUAUCGGGCCAUAAGCAUCUGGUCAAAUUUCAUGAUGCAUGUGAGGACACCAAUAACGUGUACAUGGUCAUGGAAUUGUGUGAAGGUGGAGAACUCCUAGACAGAAUUUUAUCAAGAGGAGGAAGGUAUGCAGAGGAAGAUGCAAAAUUUAUAGUCGUGCAAAUUCUAAGUGUAGUUGCAUUUUGUCAUCUUCAAGGCGUUGUGCACCGUGACUUGAAGCCAGAGAAUUUCCUUUUCACUUCUAGAAGUGAAGAUGCAGACAUGAAGCUUAUUGACUUUGGUCUUUCUGACUUUAUCAGGCCAGACGAAAGACUGAAUGAUAUUGUUGGAAGUGCAUAUUAUGUUGCACCUGAAGUCCUUCAUAGGUCUUAUAGUCUGGAAGCAGAUGUAUGGAGCAUCGGUGUCAUUGCCUACAUCUUAUUAUGUGGAAGCCGGCCUUUCUGGGCACGGACGGAAUCUGGGAUUUUCCGUGCAGUGCUUAGAGCCGACCCAAAUUUUGAGGAUUUACCCUGGCCUUCUGUGUCUGCAGAGGCCAAGGACUUUGUGAAAAGGCUCCUGAACAAGGAUUACAGGAAAAGAAUGACUGCAGUUCAAGCUCUCACUCAUCCGUGGUUGCGGGAUGAGAGUCGUCCAAUCCCUUUGGACAUAUUGAUCUAUAAGUUAGUCAAGUUGUAUCUUCAUGCUACACCUUUCAAGCGUGCAGCACUAAAGGCUCUAUCAAAAGCUUUGACUGAGGAUGAGCUGGUGUAUCUCAGAGCUCAGUUCAAUCUGUUAGAACCAAAUAGGGAUGGGCGCAUCUCCCUUGAAAAUUUCAAAAUGGCUCUUAUGCGAAAUGAAACUGAUGCCAUGAGAGAGUCCAGAGUUCAUAAUAUUAUGAAUGCUAUGGAACCGCUUGCAUUUAGAAAGAUGGGAUUUGAAGAGUUUUGUGCAGCUGCAAUCAGCACACAUCAAUUGGAGGCCCUUGAUGGGUGGGAACGGAUUGCUUCCACUGCUUUUGAGUACUUUGAACGGGAGGGUAACCGUAGUAUAUCUGUUGAUGAAUUGGCAAGGGAAUUGAGUCUUGGACCGUCUGCUUAUUCCGUCCUAAAAGAUUGGAUCCGAAACUCAGAUGGAAAGCUUAGUUUACUUGGAUAUACAAAAUUUUUGCAUGGAGUAACACUUCGUAGUUCAAACACAAGACACCAUUAAGUUUGAUAGCUUUCAACACAGUUUAAAAAUUCAUGGGAUUUGCAGGAUUUUCUUUUCUUUUUCGGGAAUGGGGUAAAGAAAAUGUGUAUAAUUGAAUAUCAGUCAAGCCAGUUCUGUGAUGUGAGUCGUACUUUUUAUAUUGAGAAUUUCUGCUUGCUCUUACCCCAUUUCGGCAGUUCAUAUAUUUCUAUGGCUGCUAUUGUGACUAUUCAUUCAUUCUUGAAAUCCAGGUCUAUAGUCAGAUGAAAACUAAUUGCAGGUCUUUACUGCUUUCUGAUCGUAGUUUUUGUAAGUUGAUUAUACAUUGGUGGAAAGAAGAAGAUAAAAGAUAUGAUUUUGUUACAAAUUAACUUGUGGAAAGCGUUUGCUGUUGCGGAUAAAUAUUUGCUAAAAACUCGAAAAGGUUAAGUAAACCAAAAGCUUAUGGAGCAAUGCCCUCUACUAAUCUGCAAGAAGAGCUCUUGUGGUGGGAGUUUAAACUUGGAUAUGUACUUUUGGACAUGGGGCACUUUGAUGCUCACCAGGAAUUUAAAGUGGCGACAAGGAGAGAGGUUUAUCAUCUCAUUCUGGUAUGAUAAUGGUACAUUUAUUUCCUGCAAAGUUGAUGCUGAUGCGUUUUUUUCUUACAGCUAUGGCAACUCGAGGCUUGUUGAAGGCUUGUUGAAGGAAGUCGAGCGAUUUUGAAGUCAAGCUCAUCCUUUUUAGUUCGUAUAGGCCCCUCCUUGGUUACAGGCUUUGAGAAUAUCCCAGGGCAGUCCUUUUGGAUUUUUUUUCCUCUCUCUUUUCUCCUCUCUUUUUUUAUUUUAUUUUAUUUUUAAUUUGUUUUUAUUUUAUUGUCGGGGUUUUGGGUGGGGUUUGUUUCCCAGUGAUAAAAUACAGCCCCCUCCUGUUUUUCUUCGAAUUUAUAUGCUGAAUUGGUCGUAGGAUUUUCACGUUUUUUUCCUUCCAUAUUGUUAAUAUAAUAAUAUUUCAUUUGCAAGACUUUAAUUUUAAA